AUGCCGCCGUCCUCGUCGCGCAUUCCGCCCUUGCUACAGCCAUACGUACGCCUGCCUCCAGCUGGCUCGCUACACCUCCUCACAAGCGUCCUCGGCGCCAGCACCAAUUGGCUGGUCAUACGGUACCUAUGCGGCGCCUUCGCCGGACAUGAUGCGCGGAAGCCCGCCACGAGCCCAGAUGAGAACAACAACGGACUGAGAGGCCAAGAUGAGGAUACGGCCGUGAUCCUCGUCAGCUUCCUGCGGGAUUGGGAUUUUUGGAAGACGGAAAGCCGCAGAGCUGGGGGCCUCGAUCUCGCCCGUCUCGCCCAGCAGAACCGCUUCGCCUUCGUCGACGGCCUCUCCAACCUCUUCCUCCCCGCCGACGCCGCCUCCGACGCCGCACCAUCCCCCGUCCCCACCGCCGCUCAUCCCAGCUCGCCCAUGCCCGUCCGCUCCGGCCGCACCAUCACGCCCCGCACCCUUCCGCAAGCAUCACCACAACAACCCUCCGCCGCGCCAGCUGCAACCCCAACAGCGCCACCACCACCACCGACCUUCCGCCUAACCAGCCCCACCCUCCCGCACCUCGAAGCCGUCGUCCAAAAAGCCCGCGCCCAUCUCCUCAGCACCUCACCCGCCCGCCGCAUCCUCCUCGUCCUCGACGCCCCAGACCUCCUCCUGGCAGCCACCGCCACCAGCACGCCAACAACAGCAACAACAACACCCGCAGACUUCGCAUCAACCCUCCUCGCCCUGCGCGCCGACGUGCACGCCGCCGUAGUCUCGGUAUCGGCCGACGCGCCGCUCGUGGCGGCCGCCGUGGACGCGGUGACGGCGCAUCAGCACGACAACAGCGGCGACAAGGGAGGACCGUGUGGUGGCAGUACGCCGUUGGAGGCGGCGCAGGCGGCGCUGGUGGUUGGGCUGGCGCACGGGGCGGACUGGGUGGUGAGUUUGCGGUUGCUGGACACGGGGUUUGCGGCGGAUGUGAGUGGGGUGUUGAGGGUUACGAGGGGGGAUAACGCGGAUGAUGAUGGGGACGGAGAGGAGGGAGAGGGGAGCGGGAGCGGGAGCGAAGAGCGGAGGAUGGAGGAGAAGGAGGUUUUGUAUUAUAUUGGUGGGGAUGGGAGCGCGAAGGUGUUUGAGCGGGGGGCUGGGGCUGGGAAUGGCUGA